CCUUAGUCUAAAGCACUUAGAGUCUCCACGCCGCUCACUGGGGUGAGGUACAUUAAGGAUAACAGCAGCCCUUGCGUGACUCCGGUUUCUGCGGCCACGCACAGCCUGAGCCGCCUCCACACCAUGCUGGCGGGCCUCCGAAGCGCACCCAGUGAGAGACUGGGACAGGUCCUGAGGACAUGUUCUAGAGAUCCAACCCAGGCUAUUGCCAACAGAUUGAAAGAAAUGUAUGAAAUAUAUUCUCAGCAUUCCCAGCCAGAUGAGGAAUUCAGUAAUUGUGCUAAAGAAAUUGCCAGCAGACACUUUCGUUUUGCAGAGAUGCUUUACUAUAAAGUAUUAGAAUCCAUUAUUGAGCAGGAACAAAAGAGACUGGGAGACAUGGAUUUAUCUGGCAUUCUGGAACAAGAUGCAUUCCACAGAUCACUCUUGGCCUGCUGCCUCGAGGUUGUCACUUUUUCUUAUAAGCCUCCUGGGAAUUUUCCAUUCAUUACCGAAAUAUUUGAUGUGCCACUUUAUCACUUUUAUAAGGUGAUAGAAGUAUUCAUCCGAGCAGAAGAUGGCCUUUGCAGAGAGGUGGUGAAACACCUCAAUCAGAUUGAAGAACACAUCUUGGAUCAUCUGGCCUGGAAGCCAGAUUCUCCGCUCUGGGACAAGAUUAGAGAGAAUGACAACCGAGUCCCUACCUGUGAAGAGGUCAUGCCACCGCAGAACCUGGAAAGAGCAGAUGACAUGUGUAUGGCUGGCACCCCUUUGACUCCCAGAAGAGUGAGUGAAGUUCGUGCCGAGACUGGAGGCCUUGGAAGAAGCAUCACCUCUCCAACCACAUUGUAUGAGAGGUACAGCUCCCCAACCGCCAGCUCCACCCGAAGACGGCUCUUUGUCGAGAACGACAGCCCCUCUGACAGAGGAGCACCCGGGCGCGGGCCCCCACAGCCCCUGGUCAGUGCUGUCCCCGUGCAGAAUGUGCCUGGGGAGGCGGUUCCUGUCACACCAGUUCCUGGACAGACUUUGGUCACCAUGGCAACAGCCACGGUCACAGCCAACAAUGGACAAACUGUGACCAUUCCUGUACAAGGUAUUGCCAAUGAAAAUGGAGGGAUAACUUUCUUCCCGGUCCAAGUCAAUGUUGGGGGGCAGCCAUCAGCCGUGACGGGCUCCAUGCAGCCCCUCAGUGCCCAGGCCCUGGCUGGGAACUUGAGCUCUCAACAGGUGACAGGAACCACCUUGCAAGUCCCAGGGCAGGUGGCCAUUCAGCAGCUCUCCCCAGGGGGGCAGCAGAAGCAAGGCCCCUCCUUGCCCAGCGGCAGCGGCAGGCCCAGGAAGACCAGCUCUCUAUCGCUGUUCUUUAGAAAGGUUUACCACUUAGCAGGUGUCCGCCUUCGGGAUCUUUGUGCUAAGCUGGAUAUUUCAGAUGAGCUAAGGAAAAAGAUCUGGACCUGCUUUGAAUUCUCCAUAGUUCAGUGUCCUGAACUUAUGAUGGACAGACACCUGGACCAGUUGUUAAUGUGUGCCAUUUAUGUGAUGGCAAAGGUCACAAAAGAGGACAAGUCCUUCCAGAACAUUAUGCGUUGUUACAGGACUCAGCCACAGGCCCGGAGCCAGGUGUAUAGAAGUGUUUUGCUAAAAGGGAGAAGGAAAAGAAGAAAUUCUGGCAGCAGUGAAAGCAGAAGCCAUCAGAAUUCUCCAACAGAACUAAACAAAGACAGAACCAGUAGAGACUCCAGUCCUGUCAUGAGGUCCAGCAGCACCUUGCCUGUCCCACAGCCCAGCAGCGCCCCUCCUACACCCACCCGCCUCACAGGCGCCAACAGCGACCUGGAGGAGGAGGAGAGGGGAGACCUCAUCCAGUUCUACAACAAUGUCUACGUCAAACAAAUUAAAACAUUUGCCCUGAAGUACUCACAGGCCAACGUGACGGAGGCCCCUCCGCUGUCUCCCUACCCAUUUGUAAGAGCAGGCUCCCCGCGCCGCGUGCAGCUGUCUCAGAACCAUCCCGUCUACAUUUCCCCGCAUAAACACGAAAUCGUGCUUUCUCCUCGAGAAAAGAUUUUCUACUACUUCAGCAACAGUCCUUCCAAGAGACUAAGAGAAAUUAACAGUAUGAUACGGACAGGAGAAACUCCAACCAAAAAGAGAGGGAUUCUUUUGGAAGAUGGAAGUGAAUCACCUGCCAAAAGAAUUUGCCCAGAAAAUCAUACUGCCUUAAUACGCCGUCUCCAAGAUGUAGCUAAUGACCGAGGUUCCCACUGAGUGCUUGCCGUCAAGGCUGCUUAGAAACCAGUCUGGGAUUUGUUAACUCUUUGGCAAAGCUUUUACAGGUAUUGUAGAGAACAAAGCAUGCUGAAACGUGUGCGGUCUCUGCUGACCCUCCAGCAGAGGCUGUUUCAGUCCAUUCCUACCUGUUUGUGGUCUGCUCUGGCGCUCCUGAAAAGCAACACAAAAACUAGGUAUUCUGUCCCAAAACACUUGGUAGGACUGUGCGAAUUUUGCAUUUUUGAAACUUAACAAGGGAGAGGGCCCGGCCCGCGUCUCCCGGUCCCUGUGUGUAUCCUCCCCUCCCGUAGGUGUGGUGCAGCGUGGCAGGUGCUUGCGUGUUUGGUGUGUGGUGUGCGUGAGUUGUGUAAGAAGUGGCACUUUUGGGCUGUAAAAAGCAUGAUUUCGUAAUCUAGGUUUUGCUGUAUAUUGUGAUGGCACUUUCUACAAUGUGAACUUUUAUUAAGUACAAAACUGCUAGGCUAAACACUCAACGUCCUCUUUGAUGCUUUUGUACGUUUUUAGAACUGUUAAAGCCCCAGUAGCCACCUUUGGGGCACGUAUUUUAAAUUUUCCAGGUUCCCCCCUCCCCCCCUAUUAAUAGGGAUCAGCUGGCUAAGUGAAGAUUUUUAAAUCAAGUUGAAUUAAGGAAAUUAAUAUGAGAAAUUAUGGCCUCUUCCUUUAGGAGGUAGUUUUCCAAAAGACAUGUGUCUACUAAGGUGAUACAUUUUAAACUAUCUUUUGGUAUGUUCCUGGCAGUUUAAAAAAAGAGUUUAGGUUUUCAUUGAGUACAUAGUACCAGUCAUACAAAUUAGAAAAGGUUAUUUAACAGCUAUUGAAGUAUCUAUAUAUAACUUUAUUAAUCAGUAUUGUUCCAGCAGUUUUUAAGUUGACUGAAUAAUAUUAGGGAGAAAAUUCAAUUGUAAAUUGAAUCAGUAUAAACAAAGUUACUAGGUAACUUCAUAUUGCUCUGAAAGAAAUAUGGAACUUUAAUUACACUGUUCAGUUAGAAUAGUGUUCUGCAAAAAUAUUUAUAAAACCUCUCCAGAUACUUACUGCUACUGUAAUUUUAUAUGAAAAUAAGUGUAUUUUUCAAUAAAGCAUUUAUAAAUUAA